UCGGGCGGGGCCGGGCCCGGUGAGGUCACUCUUUGUGGCGGCGGCUCCAAGAUGGCGCCGGUGCUGGCGGAGAAGAAGCUGGGGGGCCCGGACGGGCCGGGCGCGGCCGAGCUGCCCGGCGAGGAGGACGAGGGGCAGAACCUCUGGUCCUCGAUCCUCAGCGAAGUCUCCACACGGUCCAGAUCGAAGCUGCCAUCGGGCAAGAACAUCCUCGUUUUUGGUGACGAUGGCUCAGGUAAAACCACGCUCAUGGCCAAAAUACAGGGAGCAGAGCACGGCAAGAAAGGCAGAGGACUGGAAUACCUGUAUCUGAAUAUCCACGACGAGGACAGAGAUGACCACACUCGCUGCAACGUUUGGAUCCUGGAUGGGGACCUGUACCACAAAGGGCUGCUGAAGUUUGCGGUGUCUGCAGAGUCCCUGCAGGACACCCUGGUAGUGUUUGUGGCAGAUAUGUCGAGACCUUGGACUGUUAUGGAGUCUCUACAGAAAUGGGCCAGUGUCUUGCAGGAACACAUUGAUAAGAUGAAAAUCCCUCCAGAAGAGAUGAGGCAUAUGGAGCAGAAGUUCAUAAAGGAGUUCCAGGAGUAUGUAGAACCUGAAGAAGGCUACCAGGGGUCCCCCCAGAGGAGAGGCCCUUCUUCUGGCCAGGAGGACGAACACGUUUCCCUGCCCCUCGGAGAAAAUGUGCUGACCCACAACCUGGGCAUUCCUGUGCUGGUGGUGUGUACAAAAUGUGAUGCAGUGAGUGUACUAGAGAAGGAGCACGACUACAGGGAAGAGCACUUUGACUUCAUCCAGUCACACAUCCGGAGAUUCUGCUUACAGUAUGGGGCUGCCUUGAUUUAUACAUCAGUUAAGGAGGAGAAGAACCUUGACCUGCUGUAUAAGUACAUUGUACAUAAAACAUACGGUUUUCAGUUUACCACACCUGCCUUAGUGGUAGAAAAGGAUGCAGUUUUUAUACCUGCUGGUUGGGACAACGAGAAGAAAAUUGCCAUUUUGCAUGAAAACUUCACAACAGUAAAACCAGAAGAUGCAUACGAGGACUUCAUUGUAAAACCUCCUGUAAGAAAGUUAGUCCAUGACAAGGAGCUGGCAGCAGAAGAUGAGCAAGUGUUUCUUAUGAAGCAGCAGUCGUUCCUUGCCAAACAGCCGGCAACGCCUACGAGAGCAUCAGAAUCUCCUGCAAGAGGCCCUGCAGGAUCCCCAAGAACUCAAGGCAGAGCUGGUCCCACCAACGUCCCCAGUGCCUCACCAAUAACAUCAGUUAAGAAACCAGAUCCAAAUAUUAAAAAUAAUGCUGCAAGUGAAGGUGUCUUGGCUAGUUUCUUUAACAGCCUCUUGAGCAAAAAGACUGGCUCUCCUGGAAGUCCUGGGGCUGGAGGAGUGCAAAGCACAGCCAAGAAAUCAGGACAAAAGACAGUUUUGGCAAACGCUCAGGAGGAGCUGGACAGGAUCACUCGGAAGCCGGACCCCAUGGUAACAACAAACUCUCCUCCAACAGAGAAUGAAGCUUGAUAGCACGGCACAAAUGCAUCUGUAAAUGACCAAAUAACUAUGUAUAGUGAUCUGAUAAGACCAGGAAUUUUCUGCUAUGGCAGAUGCUAUCAGUUUUCUCGGGGCAGGGGAAAUGAGCUUACUCCAUCAUUGCCUUGUCCCAGUCAAAAGUGCACAUUCAGGAAGUUUGCAUAUAAAACCCCUCUGUAUAAGAUAACCAUUUAGAGUUUCUAUAGGGCAAUUCUUUUGGUUGGGAGGUGAAGCAGGUGCAGCUGCAUUGCCUGUUGGGAAGAACACAGAGAAGCAAAGUGGAGAAUCCUUUUUAAAGUACUACUGACUGCACACGAGGCCAGGAGGAGAACUGAAACCUUCCUGCAGAGUUACUGGAAUUGGCUACUUGGAUGUUGGCAAAUGCAUUGUAUUCUGGGAGUGCUGGGGGUGGUGGUGGAACAGCAUUAAUUGGGUGAAAGAAGCCUGGGGAGGGGAUGGACCCUGGAAGGGGAGAAGGAUUUGGGACAGCAAGAAACCAGAAUGUUGGAUUGACUGGAGAGGAGCAAUGUCGUUAAAUCCCGUGCCUCACACGGGGCACACAGCCACUGCUUUUAAAAGACUACUUUACAUUGGAGAAUUCCAGGCCAAACACUAAGAACCGUGGGAAUUUAUUCUUGUUCUAAAGCUUGUUUUAGUUUUUAAAGAAGUCUUAAGAGUGUGGGUGCCCUUUCUGGUGUAGCUGACAAAGGGAGAAACUGAACUCGUUUAGCUCCAAGUGCCUGGCACAGCGUGUGAUGUGUCUUUAGAAGGUGCUUGAACUUAUUGUGCACUGUAGUACAAACAGUCACUGUUUGGUUUUAUUUGAAAAACAGUAGUUUGGCAAUUUGUAUUUAAUUUUAAAUCCUGAUAGCUUCUGCCUUUUUUUAAUGCCAAGAGGCGAGCCUAUGAAGAGUGGUGGGUGACGGAUCAUGUUCCCAGAAUGAAAUGUGCUACAGAACACUCGCUGUCAUUUUUUUUCCUACUUUUUUUUGUAACUAAAUCUUAGCUACCAAGCUAAAUUUGAUUCCUGCCUUACACCUCUGGAGGUUUUUAAAAAAAAAAACACUUUCAAGGCACUAGUUCCAACCACUUGUGCUGCAGGUGCAGCCAACCCCAACUGGGAAGGUGACCUAAAGAGGGUGAAUGUGUAGAGGGGGACGUGCUGAAAAGUUGGUUUGUGUUUUCUUUCAUGUAGCAUUUCAUUUGGAGAGAUGGGCUGGGGAUGUCCCCACUGCUGUAACAGAGCUCUGUCCGUGGUCACACAAACCACCCUUCUGUCAAAGCAAACCAACUGCUCUGGUUACUGAAAUGGCACUUUGAUUUUGUACACAGUAUGCUUGUUUUACAUGGACACACUACCAGAAAUUAGAGAUACCAAGCAUAUGCUGUGCUCUUAAUGCUGAAGGGAAAAAAACCACAAUUUGAUUUAUACAGAGUUUACUUUUUAUUGCUAUGAACUUGUUGUACUAAAUCCAAUGUCUGGAUAUAACUUCCCUAAUAUAUAUUGUUACUUAAAUAUACAGAACUAGACUGACCACUAACACAGUGCUGGGUGUUAACCUCGAAUCCUGUGUGACAUCAAGAGGCUGUUCCUGUAAGUCUGUCGAAACACUUAGGAAGCUAAGAGUAUUUACUUGCCUCUUACAAACAUUAACAUGAGUAUGUUACUUGUGCCAGUUUUUUUUUGUUUUGUUUUGUUGAAAAUACUAUAUUUUUUUCCUUUUUUUUUUUUUUUUUACUUUUGUAAUAAACGGUAUGAGCUGAAGUUCUACAGCUGGCUAAGAUAACAGUUACACUGAGGCUGGGGCUGGGCAUGUGCAUGGACUUGCUGGUGUGACAGGUGCCAGGUGCAAGUUCCCACUCCAGGAGUGAUUGCACACUGUCCUCCUGACGCUGAGAGCUGAGACUGGAGACCAAACCAUCAACCAUUCGACAGGAAAAGGGAAGAAGUGUGUGAUUGGAACGGGAUACAGUUUGAAAACUUCAGUCUGAAACUGCCUUUUUUGCCAUCUAACCUGAUAAGCACUUUUCUAGCAAUAUGGCUACAACUUCAAAAAGUGUUCAGUAUACUAAAAUGGAUCCAAACUGUUGAUGUGUAACUUAACCAGCUUUGCAGAGAGACAAAAGAGAAGCAGAUUUCCAGUUUCUAAUUGCAAGUGAAUGCUCCUAGUUUACUGAAGAGAGCUGUCAGUAAUGUAGCAUCCUGUGGUUGCCAAGGUCUGGGGACUUUGGUGAGCUGCACAGUUGUCAUUCUGGUGUCUUCAAGCAUUGGAACCAAAGGCCAAAUGCAAACAGCCUUUACAUUUUCAAGUGAAACUUCCUUUUAUUUGCAGAUACACUCGUAUGGUAGACUGUUUAAACUAUUAUAUGCCUAUAUUUAUAUGCAUUAUAGUGACUGCAUCUACUGUUCAUGUUUAAACUAUGGAAACAAAAGAUGAAAGCAUUCAACUUGAAGCAAAUAGAAAUGUUUAAAGAUUGGCCCUCCAUAAAAAUGCUGUGGUUAUGCUGCUUGAUUUUAAGUUUGCACUUUUUUUUAUUGGCAUUAAAAAAAAAAAAAAGAAAAAACAACUGUUUAAACUGAACAGAAUUUCGUAUUUUAUUUAAUUUAACUACGUUGGAAGUGACUGCUCUGUACAUCGUGAACUUAACAAUAUACAUGCUGUAAAUCAAAGUUCACUGUCCUGUAUACUAAGUUUACUGGGUUGUUUUUUUUUUCCAACUUACAAUUAGGACUGCCAAUGUCUGAACAAACCUUAGUCCAGUUGUAUGGCUUUAACCAGGUGCAGUCAUGUGGAACUUUGCUUUCUAGUGCUGGCAAAACGAGGACGUCUUUAACUACUGGCUUCAAUAAAGAUGAAUCCAGACUGCUC